AUGGGACUUCAGGUCUUAACAAUUAUAAUAGCUGUUACACAUUUCACAGUUGCUACAUUUAACAAGUUAUCCUGGGGCCUGGAAAGUGAGGCUUUAAUUGUGAGAUGUCCUAGACAAGAAAGAUCUCGAUACCCUGUAGAAUGGUAUUACUCAAAAACCAACAAAAGUGUUACCACCCAGAAAGAAAGUCGUGUAUUUGCCUCAAGGGAACGUCUUAAGCUUCUCCCAGCCAAAGUUGAGGAUUCUGGAAUUUAUACUUGCAUUAUCCGAAGUCCCACCUUCAAUAAGACUGGAUAUGUGAAUGUCACCAUAUAUAAAAAACUACCAGAUUGCAAUAUUCCAGAUGAUGUGAUAUAUUCAACAACCUUUGGAUUAGAAAAAAAUUCCAAAAUAUAUUGUCCUACCAUUGACCUCUACAAUUGGACAGCACCUGUUGAGUGGUUUAAGAAUUGUAAAGCUCUUCAAGGAUCAAGGUACUACACACAUGAGACAUAUCUGGUGAUUGACAAUGCAACUAGUAAAGAUGCAGGUGAUUAUACAUGCAGAUUUAUGCACAAUGAAAAUGGAGCCAGUUACAAUGUGACAGCAACCAGGUCAUUCGCAGUUCAUGAGGAGAAAAGCUUUUCUUUGUUUCCAGUAAUUAUAGCGCCACCACAAAAUGAAACAAAGGAUGUGGAAAUCGGAAAAACAGCAAAGAUUAUUUGCUCUGCCUGCUUUGGGAAAGGCUCUCAGAUUAUGGCUGACAUCCUGUGGCAGGUUAAUGGAAGCACAGUUGGGAACUUUGGUGAAACAAGAAUUCAAGAGGAACAAGAGCAAAAUCACAGUUCUAGCAAUGAGCUGACUUGUCGAAGCACCAUUUUAAGAAUAGCUGAUGUAAGAGAAGGAGAUUUGUUGCUGAAGUAUGACUGUCUGGCCUUGAAUUUCCAUGGCUUGAGAAGGCACACCUUAAGACUAAGGAGGAAAAAGCCAAUUGAUCAUCAAAGCACCUACUACAUACUUGCAGGAUUUGGCAUAUUGUUAAUGCUAAUCAAUAUCAUGAUGAUAAUGCUUAAAGUGUUCUGGAUUGAGGUUAUUCUGCUAUGGAGGGACAUAGCGAGACCUUACAAAACUAGAAAUGAUGGAAAGAUAUAUGAUGCUUAUGUUAUCUAUCCACGGAACCACAAAGAUAGUCUGGAGGCAACCAGUUCUGUGGACUACUUUGUUCACCAGAUUCUGCCUGAUGUUCUUGAAAAUAAAUGUGGCUAUAACUUGUGCAUUUAUGGGCGAGAUUUGCUACCUGGAGAAGAUGUGGCCACUGUGGUGGAAACCAAUAUCCAAAAGAGUCGGCGGCACAUUUUUAUCCUGACACCUCAGGUCGUACACAGCAAAGAGUUUGCCUUCGAGCAGGAGAUUGCCUUGCACAAUGCCCUCAUCCAGGAUGACUGCAAGGUGAUUCUGAUUGAAAUGGAGGCUCUAAGUGAGCCAGGUGGACUGCAGCUUGCUGGGCUUCCAGAUUCCCUCCAGCACCUGAUGAAAAUGCACGGUACCAUCAAGUGGAGGGAAGACCAUGUGGCCAACAAGCGGUCUCUGAACUCCAGAUUUUGGAAGCGUGUGAGAUACUACAUGCCUGUACCAAACAGACUUUCAAGAGAGACUUGCAUUUUGGCUUCCUCAAAUACACAGGAACAGUAGGGCCUGUGUGGUUGUGUCAAUGAGCCAGACUUUGUAACUGGGGCUUCUCCUACCUUGAUUGUACCACUGUGCUAGACAGUGAGAGUUGG